AUGAGCUCUUAAAAUAAGUAAGUGUAUUUAGAUUAUUUUAAGUUCAACAGGGCUUUUUCCGAAUGCGUAAGGGUCAAUACCCAACUUAUUUGGCUAAAGUGUAGGACAAGGAUCAUCUCUUUUUAACUAAGUUGGAUAAACAUAGAAUUAAGGCUCGGCCUUCAAUUAGCCAGGUAGUUUGGCUGGAGCUCCCUAAGCAGCAGCAGCACAAUCCACAUCUAAUAAUAUGUUUGGAAAUGCAUAGUCCAACUUAAAUUUAUUUGGAAGCAAUCCGCCUAACAAUAACAAUUUGUUUUCAUAGCCAUAAUCGACAGCUUAACCUCCAUAAUAAUAACAACCUGCAUAAACAGCUAAUAGUCUAUUUUAAAAUCCUGGGAUUGCAGCGCCUUAAACAAAUCAAACUGGAUUAGGCGGUUUAGAUUCUCUUUCAUAACAAACAUAAGGUGUUUAGGCAACAUAAACAACAAACAAUCCUUCGUCUUUAUUUGGAGGAAUGAAUACAAGUCAAAACCCCUAAUCAUCUCAACCCAACCCAACUCAACAAAGUGCAGCGAAUCCAACAACUUUAGGGAACUUUAAUAAUGGUGGUGCCACAGCUGGAUUUGGAGCAUUAACAGGAGGAACAGGAUUAAGUACUGGAUUAGGCACUGGAUUAGGGACUGGAUUAGGAACAACAUCUGGAGGAUUAUUUGGAUAAUAACAAAACAAUACUUAGCCAACCUAAAAUAACAAUACUUUACUAAGUCAGCCUAAUCAAGCAGCAGCCCCUCCUACCACUAAUCCUUUAGUAUCUACUGCUCAAAUUUCAAAUCAAGCUUAACCUAGUCAAGCUUAAAUUAGUCCGCUUGGAACUUCAAAUAAUUUGUUUGGAAACACAACCAGCAGUCUUUAAAAUCUAACCUAACCACAAUAAUAAUAAUAAUAACCAAGUCAAUCAAUCACUUCAAAUUGGAUGAAAUAGCCAACCACUCAAUAACCAACAACUUAGUAGCCAACAACCUAAUAACCGACAACCCAAUAACCAACAACUUAAUAGCCCACAACAUAAUAACCAAAUGCAGUUUAAUCAACUCCAAGCAUAAUUUAAAUUGGAACAUAGCCAAAUCAAUAAUAACCCUCCUAAUAGCCAUAAUAACAAUAAACACAAAAUACUUAAUAAUAAGGGACAUAAUAACAAUAAUAAAAACCAUUAGCACCAACUCAACAACAACCAGCACCUCAAUAGUAAACAGCAAGUUAACCACAACCUUAAUAAAAAUUGCAAUUACCCCUUUCUAAAAAUAGAGAUUUCUAUAAAAUUAUGGAAAUCUUGAACUGCAGAGAUGAAAUUAAAAUUUAAAGUCUAUUUAAAGAGGAUGAUACUUUGUACAAGAUUAUGAUACAAGGAUCAAAUUGGUUUUCCUUUUCAGAAAAUAAAGUCUAACUCCAAUCUGAUACUCCAUUUGAUUAAGAAAUUCGAACCAAAUGCUUUAAUAACAAAAUUAAAAGUGAAGUCUAUUAUGUUUUAAAAGACAGUUUGUAGGCAUCAAGGGUUAAGAUAUUGAAUGAUUAGUUCUAAAGAAAAUUAAAAGCUCCAGAAAAAUCUAAAUUUUUUGAUAAUGAAAUUAAAAAAUUCUAGCAUAUAUUUUUUAAUCAUUAUGCUGAACAAAGAUCUUAAUUGGUUGCAGGAUUAAAAUUAAUGCUUGUUAACUUAAUCGACGAAGAGGAUGUUGGAAAACCAACAAAAUAAUUAAACGAUAUGUUUAAGAGAGGUCUCAUUGAAGGAUUGGCCAAUUCCUUCUUAAGUGUUCCUCUUGCAUUGAAUUUCUAUUUAAAACAAGAACAAUUCUCAGAAGAAUAUACUUUUUAAACAUUUCAACAUUUCGUAUCAGAACAAACAUAAAUCUUAGAGAUAUUCACCAUCUUAUAUCGUUACUUUAAAAUUGACAGAUUCGAGGAAGUAUACAUCAAACCAACCUAAAAAUUACUAGAAAAUAUGAAAAAUACUCAAUUCUUAGGAUUGUUCCAUAAAAAUGAACAUCUGGUAUUCUAGGAGUAUAGUCCUCUAGCAUCUAAACUUUAGGAGGAGUACAAGAAGAUAGCAUUCAUUUUCGUUUUGUCUUAAUGCAUGAGACCUCCACAUUAAUUAAGAGAAAUUGAUUGUAGAGACUAUAUUUCCCCAUUAUGGAUUAGCAAGGAGGAAUCUAUUAAAUAGAUGCAGCCAGAUUAAUUUUAAAAGAUCUUUUAGAUUGCAAUUCUCUUGUAGGAAAGGAAGGAAGUAUAAAAUUAGAAUGAUUACGAAAUCAGUUUGAAAUAUUUUGUUGAAGUUCUGAGAGUAUUGGAGAAUGCAUCAAUAAAUACUCAUUUUUGGAGUUGUGUAUGCACUUGUAUAUAUCAAUGGAUUAGUCUUUACAAGAAUAAGUAUUAAGAAGACGAUUUUGAGGAUGAGGUUGAACUCUUAUCAAAGAUAUUUUCAAUUCUGUUACAAUUGCAAACACUUUGGAAUUAGUUCUGUGAAUCUGUGAAAGAUAAUGAGUCAGCUGAAUAAAUUAUAUUUGACAGACUAAAUAAAUUAAAGGUCUUCCGUAAAAUUAAUCAGCCUGAGACACUGGAUUUGAUGUCAGAUGAUAUUAAUCAAUUUUAAAGCUUACAUGAUAUGAUGAUAGAUUUCUCAGAGGGUAAGUUGACAAAUAAUCUAUACAAAUCAUCAGAUUUCUUAGGUAAAAGUAAUAGAGCUUCUAUGGAUUAUUACAACGAGUAAAAUAAAUUAAAAAAUAAGACACUGUCAAUGGGUAUAGAUGAUUUAGGAAAGAGAGUUUAUAAGUUUAAACAUGCUAUUAAAUUCAUUAAGGGAGAAGUAAAAAAGUCAGCAAGUUCCAUUAAGAGAAUAGCCUUCUUGUGUAGUUCAAAUAACAUAAAUAGAUAGAUACUCAAAGUAACAUCAGAAUGUUCAAGAUUGAUAGACUUAAUUAUUGAUACUCAUAAGGAAGAGGAGAAGGCUAUUUAAUUAAUCAAUAUUUUAUUAACAAUAGGUUCAGAAGCUGUCUAAAUUAUUAACUAUGUUUUAGAAGAUCCCUUGCUUUAAAAAGAAAUGGCUGAGGAAAUCAAUAAGCUACCUACAAAUGAAUAAUAAGUUUAGAGACAAUAAGGAUUCUCCUAUCAUCCAUUGUUCGAACUGUUUCAUAUAGCCAGGAAGUGUCAAGCCUCUUAUUAAUUCAAGGUUAAGCAAGUUAUCAGAAUCCAUUUAAAUUAUGCCUAAUUGUGCAGUGCAGUGAUGGGGUAAGACAAUCCUUUGCAAUUAUUUGAAUAACAAAACAGUAGUCAUUAUUAUCAAUCAACAUAACAUACAUUUGUGAAGAACACUCUUGAAACCUUUUUGAGAUUUCAGUUGCAAGAGUGGAAAAUCUUUGAGGAAGAUAAGAUGGAAGUCACUAUUGAAUAUUAAGCAAGUAUGUAUCUCGCAUUGUAAAAGAUCUUGAAGAAAUUUUUGUUUUAUCAUACCAAAGAAUAUAAGGAAACCUAAUUGCAUAGUCUAAUCAAACAAUAAUUGAAUGAAAUCAAUAGCUAAUUGAUUCUUGAAUUCUUAUUAACAAAUUUAGAUGUUACUUUAACGGAUUCCUUUUUUGAAGACAUAGGUUAAAAGCAAUUAUCCAAUAAUAUCAAUAUGAUUGGAAUCAAAAAUAAAUUAUAUGAAGAAGUGAGAAACUUAGAAAAAAUAAAGUAUUACGUUACUUCUUUGUUGGUCAAUUUACUUGAUUGUUGGAAUACUCUUAUUGAUUUAUAUUCCAUCUAUGAUGAAACCUUUAGCAAUAACCUAAAUUUAAUUAAGCAAUUGCACUAGUUUUUCUAAGAAGAACAAUAUUUUUUAUAACAGGUAGUCAGUACAUAUCAUUAAGACAUUAAUGGUUAUGUCAAUAACAGAGUAAAAUUGAACUUUAUACAUUCAAUUUUGGGCCUAUUGAAUACAAUAAGUGAACCUCAAAGUAAUUGUUAAGAGCCUCCUGAAUUCGAAGAUUAAGAAUAGCAUAUGUUGAAACAAACCUAUGAUGACAUGAAAUUCAAAAAUUAUCGUCAAAUAUUAGACAGAAACCUUCCCUAAUAUAGCACUAUCUUCACAAGUGCUUUACGUUUAUUAUCGAAACCUUUGUUGAAUCACAAUUUGGAAUAGAGUAUCACAACUAUAGAAACAGAAGAGAAUUAGUUAUUGAAUAAGAGAAUCCAUUAUCAUCAUUUAAUAUUUUAGAGUCUUCACACAAUAUUGAAUCGAUUAGAUAAGAAAUGUUAUUCAAUUGAAAAAUAAGAAAUAAUGGAAUUCUUAAUAAUAAGUUUGGAGAACAAUCAGUCUUUUAUGCAAUACAUUCUGAAAUCCUAAAAUCCCAAUCUAAGUUCUGGAAUCAAAUACAUCUUAGAAUUAUUCCAAAACAUAUUUGGUUAUGAUGAAGAUUUAGAUUAGGAAUACAGGAUUCCCAUGUUAGUCUUAGUAUUUUUGCAUUAAGUUUUAUGCGUUAAUUAAUCGAGAUAUCAAUCAUUUGCAAAAGAGUGCAGAACUACUUAUGCUUCUUUGAUGCUUAAACUCUGUAGAGAGGUCUAAUUUUGUUUAAAUAAAAAAUGUGAGAAAUUCACUUAAUUUUUAUCAUCUAAGAAUGCCAAAACCUACAUUGCAAGAGAAACAGGAACAGCAAUUGAAUAAUGUGUUAUUGAGAACUGCGUUUUAGAUGCUAUUGAGGAGUUAGUGAUGUUGGAGUAUUUCUUAAAAAUACUCAUAAAUGAAAUGAAAUAAGAAUCUAAAGAGACAACAAAGGCUUUUGGAGAAUUAGUAAAACUGAUGUUUUAGAAACACUUCAUUCGAGAAUGGUAUUUGUUGUUAAUCCAAUUCAGCGAUCAUGUUGAAUUUGCUAAAUUUUUAAAACGCACUCCUGUAAUCAAAAGUAACACAGUCUUCAAUUAUUUAUCGAAUUUCAUAUACAGUUACGGUCGUGACUUUUAAAUCGAUAGUAACACUGUGAGUUACAUUGGUGGAAAUACAAUUGCAGUAUAGAAAUCUAAUAUUAUGGCUUCAUGGUUCACUUAACUGUUGUCAACAUUUAAUCAGUUGUCAUAAUUUGUGUAAUUCUUUUUUUCAAUUGGUUUGACAGGUUCUCCUUUUAGCGACAAUUAUUAAAAAGAUACAUACGAUGAUAAGGAACUUGGAGAUUCCAUUUUCUCUCCAAAUAUUGGAAAGGAUAUUAUUGAAGGAGGAGUGGUUAAACUAUUUGGUUAGGAAGACAAUUAGUAUAGUGAAACUGAAUAUGCAUUCAAUGCUGCAUUGUAUUUCUUACAGAAAGGCAGUUAGAGCAUUUAUUCACUUGAAACUAAUAAAAUCCAUGAAGAAUUAAUGAUACCAGCUAUGGAAGUGUUAAACUAAGUAUGCUGGUAUACUCAAUAAGUAGUAUGCAAAUAUAAAAGUUAAAAUAUCAAUAGAGAAGCAACGCUGAUGACAUUUGAAAAACUUAAUAAUAUGAGUAAACAUUAAUUUAUCUUCUUCAAACGUAUUCUGGAACUGAAAUCCGUUUGCAAUAAUGAGUAUAAAGGAAAAUAUAAAUAAGUGCUGUUCACAUGCUUCCAUUCAAUGUUGUUGAUCUUACAAAGUGUAAAGGAGAAUCAUUUGCAAGAGCCUCAAGAAUUGGUGCAAGUUUUCCAUUGUUUCAUAUUGUAAAUCGACUUCAAUGAUCCUAAUUGUAAACAACUCAUUGGGUAAUUGUCAUCGAUUCUAUCAGUAAUAUUAAAUGUAUACCCAGCAAAUCCUGAAUUAUUAGACAAACCAAAUGAAGGAUUUUAUGAUAUUGUUAAUUUGCAAUUGGAAGCAUUGAAGAACCAAAAUAACUCUAAGAUUUUCUAAUCGAUCAUCCAAUGUUGGAUAGACAUAAUCACAUUCAAUAUUUCGAAUAAAGUAGACGUAAGAUAUUUGAAAUCACUCACAUUUAUUGCAGAUGAAUAAAUAUACAAUUCUAAUGAAAAUGGACAAUACAAUCACAAACAUUCAAUGUGGUGUCACGUACUUGUAUUGGUCAGAGAAUUACUAGCUUAUGAUCAGACCCAAUGUAGAUCCAUUUUGGAAUUCUUUACUUCUCAUGAACAAAGGAUGCAUUCCGCAAUAAUUCAAAUAGACCAAACUUAGUAAUAUUAAUCCCUUCGCCAAUUUACAGCUGUUACUGGACUUACUCUUAAACAUAUUCAAACCUAUUAGUAGAGUUACAUGCUCUACUUUGAGUUAUCUCAAAUCACUUUAUUCUUGCUUGAAUUGAUCUUAUGCAAAAAUAUGAGAUUACAAUUUAAAUUACAUUUGGACAAGAUAAUCUAUACAUUCAUGGGAUAAUAUAGUCAGCAAUUGGGAUAUCAUAAAAAAUUAAAGUCGUUCUUUUAAAGCUUUAAACCUUACACUUUGCUUGAAACCAAACUUAACUAAUUGUUUGCCAAAGCUGAAGCAAUGAAAGCGUCUGAUUAUUUCUCAAUUCCCUAAUCUGCUUAGAUGAUGAGACAAAAUUAGACUCCAUCUCCUCAUAGAACGAAUCAAAGAGAUUAAGCAUCCAAUUUUGAUGGAAAAUCAACCUAAGGUGGUGGAUAAAGAUUUAAUCUCAAAAGAGACGUUGACAAUAUUUCACUAUUUUAAUACAUUUGUUUAGUUGAAUAUUUAAGAUUCAGUCGUUUCAGUAUUCAAGGAAUUGCUGCCUCUAUGAAUAUUUUCGAAGUAGAUCGCAAUUUCUAAUUGGAAGACAAUGUUUGGAAUAGUUUUGGUAAUAAUAUACAGAACUUCAUUUAAUUCAAUUUUGAUGCCUUUGCUAAUCUUUCCCAAUCUGAAUACAUUAAUAAUUUGAUCAAAAUGCAUUAAUGGCUUUUAGGUAAUUAUGAUUUCCAAAUCCAAUACAAUGGACUCUAAUAAUUAUGUGUUUAUCCAAGUAAUUAUCCAUAGUUAUAUUAAUAGCCAACAGAGAUGAAUUAUUACAAAUGUUUAUCCAGAAUAUCAUUUAUGGUUUCUGUGCUGAAUUGCAAUAUUUGUAACUGAGGGAAGUCCAUAGAAAGAUCAACUUUAUCAAAGACUCUUACAAUAUCGAAAUCACCUUGACCAAAGAAUUAAGUAUGAUUAUUCUUAUAAUUUUAAGGCAAAUAUGCUGAAACACUCAAACCCAUCUAAUUUGUUAAGCAAAUGGAAGCAUAAGAUCUACUAAAUGAAGUAUUGUCUUUUGGAGAAUAUCCUAUCAAUGAAGCCAAUGAUAGUUACUUCAACAGAUGGAAAACUAAAUUUGAAGAGAAAUUUUCAGAAUACAAAAAAACAUGAUACACC